AUGAAGCAGACAGACAGCAGCAGCUCUCUCCACCCUGCCUGGGCCAGAAGAAGGCAGUCCCGGAAACCUACCCUCCUCAUGUCUGCCUCAUCCGUCCCCAACCCUGCCCUUCCCAGCCAUGCCUCAUCCGUCCCCAACCCUGCCCUUCCCAGCCAUGCCCCAUCCAUCCCCAACCCUGCCUCAUCCGUCCCCAACCCUGCCCUUCCCAGCCCUGCCUCAUCCGUCCCCAACCCUGUCUUUCCCAGCCAUGCCUCAUCCGUCCCCAACCCUGCCCUUCCCAGCCAUGCAUCAUCCGUCCCCAACCCUGCCCUUCCCAGCCAUGCCUCAUCCAUCCCCAACCCUGCCCUUCCCAGCCAUGCCUCAUCCGUCCCCAACCCUGCCCUUCCCAGCAUUGCCUCAUCUGUCCCCAACCCUGCCCCAUCCGUCUCCAACCCUGUCCUUCCCAGCCAUGCCUCAUCCGUCCCCCAGCCAUGCCUCAUCCGUCCCCAACCCUACCCUUCCCAGCCUUGCCUCAUCCGUCCCCAACCCUGCCCUUCCCAGCCAUGCCUCAUCCAUCCCCAACCCUGCCCUUCCCGCCCUGCCUCAUCCAUCCACAACCCUGUCCUUCCCAGCCCUGCCUCAUCCAUCCCCAAUGCUGCCCUUCCCAGCCAUGCCUCAUCCGUCCUCAACCCUGCCCUUCCCAGCCAUGCCUCAUCCGUCCUCAACCCUGCCCUUCCCAGCCAUGCCUCAUCCAUCCCCAACCCUGUCCUUCCCAUCUCUGCCUCAUCCGUCCCCAACCCUGUCCUUCCCAGCCCUGCCUCAUCCGUCCCCAACCCUGCCCUUCCCGGCCCUGCCUCAUCCAUCCCCAACCCUGUCCUUCCCAGCCCUGCCUCAUCCGUCCCCAAUCCUGCCCUUCCCAGCCCUGCCUCAUCCGUCCCCAACCCUGCCCUUCCCAGCCCAGCCUCAUCCGUCCCCAACCCUGCCCUUCCCAGCCCUGCUUCAUCCGUCCCCAACCCUGCCCUUCCCAGCCCUGCCUCAUCCAUCCCCAACCCUGCCCUUCCCAGCCCAGCCUCAUCCGUCCCCAACCCUGCCCUUCCCAGCCAUGCCUCAUCCGUCCCCAACCCUGCCCUUCCCAGCCAUGACUCAUCCGUCCCCAACCCUGUCCUUCCCAGCCCUGCCUCAACCGUCCCCAACCCUGCCCUUCCCAGCCAUGCCUCAUCCGUCCCCAACCCUGCCUCAUCCGUCCCCAGCUCUGCCUCAUCCAUCCCCAGCCCUGCUUUUCCACCCUCCAGCCCUCCCCACAUCGUCCCCAACCCUGUCCUUCCCAGCCCUGCCUCAACCGUCCCCAACCCUGCCCUUCCCAGCCCUGCCUCAUCCAUCCCCAACCCUGCCCUUCCCAGCCAUGACUCAUCCGUCCCCAACCCUGUCCUUCCCAGCCCAGCCUCAUCCGUCCCCAACCCUGCCCUUUACAGCCAUGCCUCAUCCGUCCCCAACCCUGCCCUUCCCAGCCCUGCCUCAUCCGUCCCCAACCCUGCCCUUCCCAGCCAUGACUCAUCCGUCCCCAACCCUGCCUCAUCCGUCCCCAGCCCUGCCUCAUCCGUCCCCAGCCCUGCUUUUUCCACCCUCCAGCCCUCCCCACAUCUACCUACCCUUCUUUACAAUACACUACCUGCUAUAAUCUGGGAGUCAGUCUGUUAUAUCAACCAUGGCCUUCUUUACAAUACAAUACCUGUUAUAUUCUGA